AUGGGAAAAAACUCAGAAAAUUCUGCAGUUCAAUCACCCACUGAAUCCAAACAAACCACCAAUCAAACAAAUAAAACCAAACCUAAUCACCAAACAACUACCCAAACCAAACCAAACUCCCAAACAAAACCAAACCAAACUUUCCCUCAGUUCCUGGUGAUGUCCUCCACACAGAGUGACAAAACCACAGCAUCAUUGUCCCCUCUCCUGUUAAGGAAGGGUAUCCAAGGCAUCGCUGGCGAUGUUAAAUCUGUCAAGCCACUGGGAUCGGGCGAUCUCCUCAUAGAGGUUGACCGUCAGCAACAGGCGGUGAACCUACUGGGAACGACCAGUUUUGGCGGCAUCGGUGUCAGUGUGAAGCCACACUCGUCACUUAAUUGCAACAAGGGGGUAAUCAGGUGCCCAGCCCUGCGCAAUGACACCGACGCCGACAUACUGGCCUAUUUCCAAGAGGAGAGCGUCCCGGUCACUGAGGUGAGACGGAUCACAUCAAGGAAACAAGGAUCCAUUGUCAACACACAUACAUUCAUCAUUACCUUUUCCACACCAGCACUCCCACAAACUGUCACUAUUGGCUACCAACGGUACACCGUCACCGUCUACAUCCCAAAUCCAUUGAGAUGCCGUAACUGCCAGAGGUACGGCCAUCGUGAGAAAAGAUGUAGACGGGCGACGGUCUGCCAGUUUUGUGGUCGCGAGGGUCACACCGACGAAAAUGAAUGUGACAUUGCCGGCCGGCGCUUUGUCAACUGCGAGGGGAAGCACGCUGCCUCCUCUCGAGACUGUCCUACCUGGGGUCGGGAGAGAGAGAGAUCCUGCGGGUCAAAUACACCCGUAGUGUCUCCUUCCCCGAGGCCAGGAGGAUAG